AUGGCUGACGAACAAAUAAAAAAUAUAUUGCAAGAACUGAAUCUGGCUCAUCUGGUGGAAACUUUUGAAAAAACAAUACAAGAUGAUAUUCAAAAGGCGUUAGACUGGCUAGACAAAAAUCAAGCUCCUUGGGACAUGGUUUUAGACCAUUGGAGAAAAACUUCUGCUCAUCGAACCAAAGCUUUAAAAGAAUCAAGUGACACUAAUUUGGUGGAUAUAUUUGAAAAAUGGAAACUCUAUAAGCACCCUAGUGGACAUGAAUUAAUUGAUACUGAUUUUCAAUGCCUAAAUUUAUCCAAAGUAAAUUUGGAUAAAGAUGUUUGGUUUAAUUUUUUUGAUACUUUGCUAAAGCACGCCUCUCUUAGCUCCAAAGACGAAACAGCAAAGAUGCUUCUGGAAUCUAUGAAAUCUAAAGAUGUUUCAGACAAUGCAUUAGUGGCCAUGAGUGUAAGUUUACUCCCUCACUUGUAUCCGCCAAAACAUAUGAAAAGAAUACGGAAUAAGAGUUUCAAGCCUUCUAUUGGACUUGCAAAAGAGACUAUAUUAAAAUUUGCAAAUAUUCCUGGUGACAUGGUAAGAUUAAGGCAAGAAGCAAAAUCGAGGGCGACAGAUCUUAAACUUCCAAUCCAACCCUUUUUAAUCAUCGUGGGAUCUAUUGAAGACGUACAAGAUGUUUAUGUUUGUGUUGACAACGAGCUAUACAAAGUUCAAGGACUUCUACAAGGUCUAAAUAUUUGUUUCAAGACAUUUCAUGUAUUCAAUCUGCAAUAUCCUUUGGCCAGUGAACACAUAUGGAUAUUAAUUCAAAAGGGAAUCUAUAAAAUCAAUUUGCCCUGUGAUAAGCAUAUCAUAUCUAUUGAACAUGCAGUAAAACAGCUAACUAAGGGAAAUACCGAAGAGGAACAAAUGGAAUGA